CAAAAAUUAAGUAGUCGUAGUUAGAAGAGUUUUAAUUAUUCGUAGUACCGUAAGAUUAACUACUUGUUGACACUAUAUCUAUAUAUGCAUAAAUAUAUAUAUAUAUAUAUAUAUAUAUAUAUAUAUACACAGUAUAAUACCACGUGUUUAUCUUAUUUUUCAAACUCAAACAUUCUAACCGACUCAAGGGCAUUUAAAUAAACCACGUGCUUCAUUAUUAUUUUAAUUAAACAGGAUAAUAAUUAAAAUGAUGGGAGAAAAAGUUCUUGUAAUCGGUGGUGGAGGACGAGAACAUGCAAUUUGUUGGAAACUUGCCCAAUCACCUCAAGUUGAAAAAAUUUACGUGUCACCUGGCAAUUGUGGUAUGGAAAAAAUAAAAAAAGUAAAUUUAAUAAAUAUUAAUAUUAAAAAUAACAAAGAAGUAACUGAGUGGUGUAAAAAAAAUUCAAUAACACUAGUAGCAGUAGGUCCAGAAGAAUAUUUAGCAAAUGGGAUAUCCAACGAGCUAAAGACUGCUGGGAUAAUGUGUUUUGGUCCAGAAAAGUCAUCGGCUUUGAUAGAAUCUGACAAAGACUGGGCCAAGUCAUUUAUGGAUCGUCAUAAAAUUCCAACUGCACAGUGGCGUUCGUUUACUUCUGCUACGGAAGCCAAAGCGUUUGUUAAAACUGCACCGUUUCGUGCUUUAGUAAUAAAAGCAACAGGUUUAGCGGCUGGUAAAGGCGUUGUGGUGGCUGCUGAUGAAAACCAGGCUUGUAAAGCAAUCGAUGAGAUGUUGGUUGAGAAAAAAUUUGGCUCCGCUGGUGAUACGAUUGUCGUUGAAGAGCUUCUUGAAGGAGAAGAAGUUUCAAUGCUGGCAUUUACUGAUGGAAAAACUGUUAAGAUGAUGCCACCGACGCAAGAUCAUAAGAGAAUAUUUGAUGGUGAUCUUGGUCCAAAUACCGGCGGAAUGGGCGCUUAUGGUCCUUGUCAUUUGAUAGAUUCAAAUGACCAUGAAACUGUCAGGACCCAAGUUCUUGAUGCAGCGAUUCAGGGUUUUCAGCGGGACAAACUUCCAUACGUUGGUGUUUUGUACGCAGGACUGAUGCUGACAAAGAAUGGACCCAAAGUUUUAGAAUUUAAUUGCCGAUUUGGUGAUCCAGAGACUCAAAUAAUUAUGCCUCUACUUGACUCGGAUCUUUUUCUGAUAAUGAAAGCUUGUUGUCAAGGCAGAUUGUCAGAUAUCAACAUCAACUGGCACUUGAAUAAAUUUGCCGUUGGAGUAAUUUUGGCUUCACGCGGUUAUCCAGCUUCAUCUUCAAAAGGUCAAGUGAUAACUGGCAUAAAUGUGAUUGAAUCACGUCCAAAUCAUUAUGUAUUUCACAGCGGAACUGCUUUAUCUAAUGGAGAAAUAGUCACUAAUGGCGGAAGAGUUUUGAUAACAACUUGUUUGUCUAGUUCUCUAGAAUCUGCGGCCGCUAAAGCGACAAUUGCAGCCCGCGACAUAACAUUCGAUGGCAAGCAAUACCGACAUGAUAUCGCACAUAAAGGAAUAGCUUCCUCAAUUUUAAAAUCCGGAAUUUUAUCCUACAAGAGUAGUGGAGUUGAUAUUGAAGCUGGAGAUUCAUUGGUAGGAAAAAUAAAAGCUCUUGUCGCAGGAACAAAACGUUCAGGAGUGAUGGGAUCAAUUGGUGGAUUCGGUGGCCUUUUUGAUACUCGCGCUGCGGGUUUUGUUGAUCCGAUUUUAGUGAGUGGUACUGAUGGUGUUGGAACGAAAUUAAAAAUAGCCAUCGAGUCAGGUAAACAUGGAUCAGUAGGUAUUGAUUUAGUAGCGAUGUGUGUAAAUGAUGUGUUAGCACACGGUGCCGAGCCACUUUUCUUCCUGGAUUACUUUGCAUGCGGUAAUCUUGAUGUUAAUGUCGCUGCUGAAGUUGUCAGUGGAAUUGUUGAAGGCUGCAAACGUGCUGGUUGCUCAUUAAUUGGAGGUGAAACUGCUGAAAUGCCUGAUAUGUAUGCUGUUGGUGAUUAUGAUCUUGCUGGAUUUGCUGUCGGUGCUGUUGAACGAACAGAUUUAUUACCUAGAACUAAUGAUAUUAUUGUUGGCGAUGUUGUUAUUGGAUUGCCCUCAUCGGGAGUUCACAGCAAUGGGUUCAGUUUAGUAAGAAAAAUUAUAAAAUUAAGUGGAAUUGAUUUACAUGACACUGCCCCAUUUUCAAAACGUACUAUCGCUGAUGAAUUAUUGGUACCAACUAAAAUAUAUACGCGUAAUGUUGUUGUGGCACUUAAAAGUAAAAUUAUCAAGGCAUUUGCUCAUAUUACAGGCGGUGGAUUGAUCGAAAAUAUACCGAGAAUUUUACCAAAUGAUUUGGGAGUUGUUUUAAAUGCUGAGCAGUGGAAAGUACCGAAAAUUUUUGGAUGGCUCGCUACAGCUGGUGGCGUUAAUGAACUGGAAAUGUUGAGGACAUUUAACUGUGGUAUUGGAGCCGUAAUUAUUUGCUCGAAAGAUAAUCAAGAUCAAGUGCUUAAGGUGUUGGAACAAGAGGAACCAGUAGUUAUUGGAUCGGUUGUUAAAAAAAUAGAAAAAUCCACUGUUGUUAAUAAUUUUUCACGGGCUAUUGGAAUUGAAAUGCGUCAGCAUGUACCUAAAUUGAUUGAGAGAUUAAUGAGCCCGUGUAAAAAAGUGGGAGUACUUAUUUCUGGUAGCGGAACAAAUCUUCAGGCACUUAUUGAUGCAACGAGAGAUCCUGCGCAGCAAAUGGCCGCUGAAAUAGUUAUAGUCAUAUCGAAUAAAGCUGACGUUGAAGGACUUAGACGUGCUGAGCGUGCUGGUAUUCCGACGCGAGUUAUAAAGCACACAGAUUACAAGACACGUCAAGAGUUUGAUGAAGCUAUGGACGCGGAAUUGAUAGCGGCGGAAGUACAAAUCGUUUGUCUUGCGGGAUUUAUGAGGAUUCUGACGGAGAAAUUUGUUAGAAAAUGGAAGGGAGCUUUGUUGAACAUACAUCCAUCACUACUACCAGCUUUUAAAGGAGCUAAUGCACAUAAAGAUGUGUUGGAAAUGGGUGCUAGGGUUACUGGAUGCACUGUUCACUUUGUUGAAGUUGAAAUUGACUCCGGAGCUAUUAUUGAACAAGAGGCAGUUCCAGUUUUACCGAAUGACACUAUUAAAAGUCUACAAGAAAGGGUCAAAAUUGCCGAGCAUAAAAUAUUCCCGAAGGCGUUGCAAUAUCUUGCAACUGGGCGUAUUAAAUUAAAUGAUAAUAAUAAAAUUCAGUGGAAUUAUUAAUUAAAAAAGAAAACUUUUAAAUAUAUCUCUAUUUUUUUAUAAAUAACUUACUAUAAAUAAACGUAAAACUGAUAACGUGAAAACUACUGUUGUCUCAAAGUGUAUAUAUAAUACAAUGACCCGUAGUUUUAUUUUAUAAAUAAUGUUUGGAUGAUUAUUUUUCUAGUUUACUCCAAUGCAAUAAAAUUUUUAAGUGUCGAGAAUAAAAAUAUCAA